AAAACCUAUCACUUUUAUUUAGUAUUGUACAAUUGAUGAAAAAACAUGGAUAUACUCUCUUUUAAUUUCUUUUUAUAUGGCAUCUGUGGUUUGUGGCGACCAAUUGAAUGGUCUUCGAAAUAUUCCAAGAUAUUGUAUGGAGUAUUCACUUGCGUCACAACGUAUCUCGUGUUAUUUCUAGUGUUUAUUCAAUUAAUGGAUCUUAUUCUUGUUAUCGAUAAUGUGGAAGAUUUUGCCACGAAUAUCACAUUUCUAAUUUCGUGUACCAUUAUAAUUUUCAAAAUAGUAACUGCUAUAACACGUCGCGAUAAAAUUCUGAAUUUGAUUGAAAGACUACAGAAGAAGCCUUGUAUAGCUUACAAUGAAGAGGAGAACAAUAUCCAGAUAAAGUUUGAUCGUUUGAUCAGAUCAUAUUCCAUAAAUUAUGCAUCCAUGGCAUCAGUUUCUUGCACUGGUGUCGUAGUAGGAGGGUUACUCAAUAGUUUAUUGAAGCAUCAAUUACCCUUUAGGGGUUGGGUACCGUAUGAUUACACCACACCUCUUUUAUUCGGGAUUACAUUAAUUCAAGAGCUCACGGGUAUGGUCUUUUGUACAAUUAUAAACGUCGCGACGGAGACCACGGUAUUGGGAUUUUGCUUACAAAUAUGCGCACAACUUGAGAUUCUAAAACAUCGUCUGCAUAGAAUGGUAAAAGAGGCAGUGCAAAUUUCCAGCAGUUCUGGAAUUUCGUCGGACGAUGCGUCAAAUGAGACAGGCAGAUUGUCAGAGCAUAUUUUACAUCACCUGUGUAUAAUCAGACUUGCCAAAAUGCUCAACAACAUAUUCAGCCAAGUGAUCUUUGUCCAAUUUUUCGGCAGCAUAUUGGUGAUAUGCUCAAGUCUGUUUCAUUUAACUUCUCAUAUGACAAUUGCAGACGUCAGCUCUUUGAUUAUCUUUACACUUUGCAUGUUUGUCCAGAUUUUUGUUUAUUGUUGGGCUGGAAACGAAGUUAUGUUUCAGAGUGCUGGAUUGAGCGAUACUGUAUAUCAAAUGAAUUGGAUAUUGAUGCCUGUCAACAAACAAAAGGAUUUAUUGAUGAUUAUGAAACGUAGCACACGACCUAUCAAGUUUACGAGCAGCUUUUUGGUGUCAUUAUCUCUCGAGUCUUACGGAAAUCUUCUGAAAGCGUCUUACUCUGCAUUUAAUCUUUUGCAACAGUCUUAA